GGUUCAGGCCAACAGAAGGCCCUACUGCACUAUCACUGGGAAUUGAUUUCGGCAUCGGGCUUUGACCAGUUAAUAAUUAAGAGAUCGGGAUGUGUAGUUCGGCAUAAGAUGAUGUGUUUUUUACUUCAGGAAUCUUAUAAAUGCUAAAUACAUGCUUUUGUCUGUACAACUUAGCUUUUGCUGUUCACUUUGAAACAUUGUCCCAAGAUCCAACCGCAACAAGGUGUAACAGCAGCCACAGGGACACCGGGUGGCUCUAUUGACCCGGUCAUGCUGGCGAGCGUCGAAACAAGUGCAGCUCGCCACUGACGCGUCGCAGACCCCUGGGUGGGUGGUGUUGGAGUUGGUGCCCGGAGGCAAGGGAUUUAGGGAUCUGAUUUUUACACUUUUGGUUUGGACUGGUGAUCCCAGAGCUUCAAACUAUGGAUUUAAAUGACAGCGCAUCUUUAGCGGAGCUGAUGAGCCGGUACGUUUCUACAGAAACAGGAUUUGGUGUCCCCAAGAACGGCUGGCGGAUAUGUCUGGCACACGAGUUCAAAGAGAAGCGGAAACCGUUUCAAGCCAAAGAUGUCUCGUUGUCCAACAUGAUCGAGCAUAUUUCUUUAGGUGUCAGGUAUCUGAGAUGGUGGUACAAAAAGACCCAGGUUGAGAAGAAGGCUCCUUUUAUUGAUAUGUUUCGAGCUUUACCACUGAAACAAAUUUAUGGUGCUCCUCUUGGUGGCAUUGGAGGAGGAAGUAUUACACGUGGGUGGAGGGGGGAUUUCUGCCGGUGGCAACUAAAUCCCGGAAUGUACCACUACAAAACCGUUAUUGCUAACCAGUUUACAGUAUGUCUGCGCAGGGGGGGUCAGACAGUAUACCAGCAGGUGUUGUCUACAGAGCGACCCCCAACUCUUCAGGGUUGGAACUGGGGUUAUUGUGGUGAAUACGCCUUUUACCAUGCCCUGUACCCACGAGCCUGGACCGUCUAUCACCUGCCUGGCCAGAACGUCACUCUCACCUGCAGACAGGUGUCACCUGUCAUCCCUCACGACUACAAGGACUCCAGUCUCCCUGUGGCUGUGUUUGUGUGGGACAUUGAGAAUAAGAAUAACUACGCUCUUGAUGUUUCCAUCAUGUUCACGAUGGUUAAUGGAUCAGGCCAUGAAGAUGAUAAGAUUGGGGGCCACUGGAAUGAACCAUUUCACCUUGAAAAAGAGGGAGAAUCUGUGUCUGGGGUUUUACUACAUCACCAGACGCCUGUCAACCCUUACACUCUGUGUAUAGCUGCAAGAGAGAAGUCUGACCAAGAGAUCAGUCACCAGACAGCGUUUAGCCCAAAUGGAACCUGUAGUGCUCUGUGGAGUGACCUCAUGAUCGAUGGACAGCUCGACUCGCCUAAGGACUCCAGCACACCCACAAAGAAAGGGGAGAAAGUGGCGGCAGCCCUGGCUGUGAGCUGCUCGGUGCCUGCUAACCAUCACAACAGUGUGGAGUUCAGUUUGGCCUGGGAUAUGCCUAAAAUUACAUUUGGCUCCAGAGAGAGAAUAUAUGUCAGGAGAUACACACGUUAUUAUGGCACCAAAGGAGACGCUGCCCCGUCUCUGUCUCACUACGCGCUCACACACUACAGUAAAUGGGAGGAGAGCAUUGAUGAGUGGCAGAGGCCGAUUCUACAGGACGGGUCUCUUCCUGCUUGGUAUAAAUCUGCUCUGUUUAAUGAGCUCUACUUUGUUGUGGAUGGUGGAACUGUGUGGGUGGAGCUUCCAGAGGAUGCUGAUAUCAGCGGUGGGCUUCGUCCUGAGGAUGGGGGCCUUCCAGCACAGCCUGAAGUUGUCAAGGAGUACGGCCGAUUCGCUUACCUAGAGGGUCAGGAGUAUAGGAUGUAUAACACGUAUGAUGUGCACUUCUAUGCUUCAUUCGCUCUCAUCAUGCUUUGGCCCAAGCUGGCUCUCAGUCUGCAGUAUGAUAUUGCUGGUAGCGUCGUUCAGCAUGACCCUACAGAGAGAUUAAAUCUAAUGGACGGCCGAUACUCCCCAGUCAAGACCCGGGGCGUUGUACCUCACGACAUUGGAGACCCUGAUGAUGAGCCAUGGGUUCGUGUCAAUGCUUACUUGAUCCACGAUACAGCCGACUGGAAGGAUCUGAACUUGAAGUUUGUGCUUCAGGUGUUCCGAGACUAUCACCUGACCCAGGAUGAGCAGUAUCUGAAGGACAUGUGGCCUAUAUGUCAGACAGUCAUGGAAACAGAGUUGAAGUUUGAUAAAGAUGGUGAUGGGCUGAUAGAAAAUUCUGGCUAUGCAGACCAGACAUAUGAUGGAUGGAAGGUGACAGGACCCAGUGCAUACUGUGGAGGUUUGUGGCUGGCAUCAGUGUGCAUGAUGUGUAAAAUGGCACGUGUGCUGAAUUGCGAGUCUGUUUAUCAGCGCUACAGAGAUAUUCUAGAAAGAGGAAGUGCAGCCUUUGACAAACUCUUGUGGAAUGGCAAAUACUACAAUUAUGACAGCAGUGGACAGAGUCUGUCCAACAGUGUAAUGUCUGACCAGUGUGCAGGCCAGUGGUUCCUCAGGGCAUCUGGACUUGGGGACGAUGACUACCAGGCUUUUCCCAAGGAGAAAAUCUGUAGUGCAUUGAAGUCAGUGUUUGACCUCAAUGUUAUGAGCUUUGCAGGCGGGCAGAUGGGUGCAGUGAAUGGGAUGAGACCAGAAGGUGUGCCUGAUCGUUCCAGUGUCCAAUCAGAUGAGGUGUGGGUGGGAGUAGUGUACGGAUUGGCAGCUACAAUGAUACAUGAGGGCAUGGUGGAUGAGGGUCUGCGCACUGCAGAAGGCUGUUACCGUGCUGUAUGGGAGAGAAUGGGAAUGGCCUUCCAGACUCCCGAAGCAUACUGUGAGAAAGGCAUCUACCGCUCUCUCGCGUAUAUGAGGCCUCUGACCAUCUGGGCAAUGCAGCUUGCUCUGAGCAAUCGACCAAACCACAACAAAACCACUGAUAAAGAUGUGGGACAGGACUGAGCUGAAGGGAACUUGGACUGUCGAGCCUCCACAAUAAAGUGACCUCUUAAUCAUUGCAUUUUGAACUUUAAAAGACUUGCAAAAGAGCUUUGGAUGUAAUGUCAUUGUGCACCAUUGGUUCACACAGAACCUAAUUCCAUUAUUUUGUAAAGCUGACUUUUCCACUCAAAAUGUGGAUAAGCUUUACCACAGUCCUUCUGUGUAGCAGCUGUAAAUUAUAAUUUUACAAAUGGUAAAGUGUAAAGACUUGGUCUCAGUGAACUGACAUGCUCUUCAUUAUGAUAUAGUGUGUAGGGUCAUUGAAUCGACUAGUUAGAGCAUGAUUCUAUAUAAUUUUCACUGUAUAUUUUUAUUUCUAUUCUGGGAAUGCUUUAUAGAAUACAUGAAGACAGGACUGCUGUUUUUUU